AUGAAAUAUAGUUACAACAAAUAUGUUGUUGUGGAGUUUGAUGAUGAGGGGAUUCAAAUUAUUCCAAGGAAUUGGUUGAUAAGCAAUGGCAGUGCUACAAAAUUUCCUCCACUCACCACUAACAAUAUAAGAUAUGAAAAGUUUUGUACAAAAAUGGUUGAACCUAAGGAUAAUUGGAAUACUUUUAAUUUAAAAAGAAUUCUUGCGUCUUGUGAUGAUUUCCUAGCCGCAAAGAAAAAAUUAAAGAAAGCCGAAAACCAAACAGAUUUGGAUAGCACUGAUAUUGAUGUAUCAAAAAUAAAAAGAAAAUAUACUGCUGCUAAAGUUUUGGAAUCAGAUUCAGAUGAGUUCUGCAAUCUUCAGAAAAAUGUGCAUACAUUUGUACAUUAUGUAAUACAUCCUGUAUAA